AAACCAAAAUCCCCGUUUUUUUCAUUUGUUUCGCAACUCUUUUGGUUUUUUGUUUUUUAUUAUUUGUUAUUUGUUAUUUAUUAUUUGUUUUUUUUUUAUGAGUGUUUCACAACAUUUUUUUAUUGUAAAGGAUUAUUAUUAUUAUUUUUUUAAUGAUGGCGACCCUUCCAAAUGCUCCCGAUUCUCUCACCCUUUCCUCACCCAACACCCAAGAGGAUGACCUCCUGGCUCGUAGUGUCAAGCGAAUCAAGGAGGAUCUUCCUUCUACAGGUCGAUGGGAUGUGGAUAUGGGCGACGAUGUUAAUGUUCUAAAUCCGGCAAUUUGCGACGUCGAUGGUGUCUCAAAUGCACCGGCUGAGACUGCUCGCAUCUCCUCUCAACUAACUGUUUCUCCAAACCAUGUUUACGGUUCGGAACCCUUGUCGUAUAAGGACAAAUUGCUUCUCGAAGAGAAAUCUGAGGGGAUUUCAUUUGCCACUAUUCCUAAUUAUCUUGAUGAGGAUUCUGAUGUGGAUGAGGAUCCCACCAGUGAUAUUCCAGUUAUUUUACUAUCUAAAGCUGAGAAACGACGAAUCAGAGAGCCUUGGGCUAAUGCUCUGAUAAUCAAAGCUUUUGCCCCAAAACCUGUUGGCUACAAUUUUCUAUAUCCUCGAGUAAAAGCUCAAUGGAAACCUACAGGUAAGUGGGAUUUCAUUGAUCUGGGAAAUGAUUUCUUCCUUGUUCGAUUGCAGGUACAAGAAGACCUCAAUCGUGUGAUAUUUGGGGGCCCUUGGUUCGUCGGCCCUUAUUAUCUUACAAUCCGCCGAUCGGAACCCAAUUUUGAUCCCACUAUGACUACUUUCUCUACCACUGUGGUUUGGGCUCGUCUUCCUCAUCUUUCUGCUGAUCACUAUGAUCCAAUCACUUUGCAAAAAAUUGGAAACAAGGUUGGAACUUUGCUACGUGUGGAUGCCCAUACAGCACAUCUUACUCGAGGGCAAUAUGCUAGGGUUUGUGUCCAAGUCGAUCUUGACAAGAAGCUUGUGCACACAGUGAGAAUUGGUAGGAAAUUCCAUAAGGUGGUUUAUGAAGGCAUUGAAGCCCUUUGCUAUUCCUGUGGUAGAAUUGGACAUAGACGAACUCAGUGCCCAUCUGCUCAGCAUAAAACUCCCCAUUCUCAGUACCCGAAUGAUCAAAAUGCUACCCAACUUGAGGUUAAUACUGAUAACUCUCAACAGGAGGCUAGUACCAAAGGCGUUACCAAGAACCAGUAUAACUCCCCUGAAGAUAUUCUUAUGUCUAGUGCCUUCCAAAGUUCCAGUUUUGAUAACUAUGGGCCAUGGAUGGUGGUUGAACGACGUAAACCCAGGAGAAAUAUUCGUGGAAUGGCUAACAAUGAUAAGUCGGAGGGCUCGCCGGUGCCAGUAAGCACCCGGAAUCAGAAGGACCAAAAAGAAGGGACGGGUUUACCUCCAACCCGAAAACUGAACCCGAAAGCUAGACCCGACCCAUCCAACUCAAAAUCAAGUCCUAGUAACGGGCAAUUGUCAGAUGCAUUUAAUGGUCAUACUGUUCGCUCCUCAACAGCUAAUAUUGACAGUCUACCUACCAACUCAAAACAGGUUACCCAUUACAAGCAACCACCUAUGAAAUCGGUUUUACAACCCAAAGGACCUCCAAAUGUCUCUUCAUCCAAUAGUGUGGGGUUUUCCCCUAUUAAGCCCAUGGUAUACAAGCCUAAGGAGUCCAAUACCUUAGCCCCCUUGGCCCAAGAGGUAAUGGUUACCCAACCUAUUUCUUGUAACCCACCUAAAGAAUCUAUCCCAAACCCAAAGACCUCGAGGGAUCUGGAACCUUCCCAAUCCCUUGCUUCAACUUCCUCACUUGAUAUUCCUAUCCCUAUCCCCAUCUCUCUUGACCCUCCCGAUACCACUCCUCCAUUUAACAAUAUUGAUCAUGAACAUCCCACCAUUCUUUACCCACAUCCGCCUGUGGGAAAUUUUCUUAGUCUCAAAUGGGGAAUUGAUGACACUAAACCAGGCUCGAACUCAAAUGAUACAGGGGUUGUCUCUGCAACUACCGCAAUGGUCGGAGCCGAGAAUCUUUGCAGCUUGGAGGAGCCCACUAGUAGUGAACAAGCUUUGUUACCCGAAGCAUCUCCUACAUUUUCUACCCCCACAAAUCGACGAGCUGCCAUUUCAAAACGAUCAGUGUAGGAUACAGGAACUCGUGUCUAUCGAAAACAACAUCGGACUCGGGGAGAUCAUCACCCCUAUUAUGCCAAUGAAGCUCACUGCCCUGC